AGUUACCAACAUGGCCCCGUUUCCUUAACGUUAAAAAAUUUCAAUAUGUCGUUCUAGAAUCUGAAACUACAAACAAUACAUUAGAUAUUAAUUUAAAAAGUAAGAAUUACAUUCAUGUGAAAACCGCUGUGAUUUUAACAAUUAAAAAAAGUGAACUUAUGAACUUAGUGGCUUUAAGGCACAUUCAUCGCUGUGAUAGUGUUUAUUUUUGGUCUCUACCAUGGCUACAGACGGAGAUAGUAUGGACGAUGAUGUGUUCGAAAGUUUAGAAGAUAUUGACAGUAGACUCAACGUAUCUGAUAGGAAUUUUUCACAAAAAGGAGGCACGCCGUCUCCUACGGGUUAUAGAAACUAUAAACCUCCUGAUGAAGUGCUGAAAUUAGCCGAGAACGAUGUAAUAGAAUCUACAGAACCUGCAAUACAUAAGACAAUUUUGCUGGGAGACAGUGGAGUUGGAAAGACAUCGCUUUUGGUUAAAUUCGACACUGGAAAAUUCCAAUCUGGGAAUUUUUCUGCAACCGUCGGUAUCGGAUUUACUACGAAAGUAGUUACUGUGAAUAAUACAAAAGUAAAGCUACAAAUAUGGGAUACAGCUGGACAAGAAAGAUUCAGAAGCGUCACGCAUGCAUACUAUCGAGAUGCUCAUGCUUUACUUUUGCUUUAUGAUGUUACUAACAAAACAAGCUUUGACAAUAUCCGAGCCUGGUUGGGUGAGAUACGUGAAUACGCACAAGAUGACGUUGUUAUUAUGUUAUUAGGUAAUAAAGCUGAUUGUGGUGCAGAGAGGGCGGUUAGAAGAGAGGAUGGUGAAAGAUUGGCGAGAGAAUAUAGCGUGGCAUUCAUGGAGACAUCUGCCAAAAGUGGACAAAAUGUUGAGCUGGCUUUUGUAGCAGUGGCGCGGGAACUGAAAUAUCGACAAAAUGGUACAAAAGAUACGAACACUUUCAACGUAAAGGACUACAUCAGAGAACAAAGCGAAAAACCACAAUGCGCGUCCUGCACCACUUGAAUAUUUUUUAUAUAAUUUUGAAUGAAUCAGCAAUUGUUUGAAAAAUUAUGAUUGAUGAUGAUCAAUCAUACAUCUACAGUGAGUUACAAAAUUGACACUCCUUUCCGGAUAUGAAUAGGUAGACUUAAAUCAAAUUAAAUAACAAUAUUCUAAUUUUAUUUAAAACCGAUGAUUAUUUCAAAAUAAUAAGUUUAUAAAACUAGAUUUUUUGUAUUCUUUCUUUCAAAAAUAUACGAGUACUGUUUCACAUUUUCAAUUUGUUAUUUGAUCAAGUUUUACUUAUCUUAUGUAGAUUCAUGCUAAUUGACCUGCAGACUAUUCUCCUGUUAUGUUUUUCUUCAAAUUUUGUUUCAAUUAUUCAAUUACUGUGGCCUAGUAGUCACUUCUGUUUUGUGGCUACUUCACAAGUUCAAAAUUACACUAAUUUAUUGUCGACUUCCCACUGAAUUCGAGAAGUUCAGUAAAAAUUAGUCUCGAGUUCUUAACCUCUUCUUCACCUACAAAAUUGUUUUUCCAUGAAAUCGUACUCAGCAAAAAUUACUACUUCAGGUAAUGUUAUCCUACCAAUACUGGCCUUGAAGCUCUUUCACGUUGCUCACUUCUUCUUCUUCCUUCUUAUAUGGUAAGUUUAAAACCUGUUUCUUCUUCAGUUUCAGCCUCCUGGAUCCAGAUUGUCACACCAUCUCUUUCUCGGUCGACUAAUACUUCUUCGGCCUGUUGGCGAUUUAUCCCUUGCGAUACGCACUAGUCUUUCGCUUGUCAUUCUGUUAAUGUGACUAUUCCAUUCUUGUUUUCGUUUUAGUACCCAGUCAGUUACAUUUUUUACCUUGCACGUAUUUCUUAUGUUUUCCCUCCUUUCAUUUUCGUUGUCUCUAGUAGUCUUUUUGUCUUAGUUGUAUCAGACAUUGCUCCCUAUGGUAGUAAUUGAAGGUGAACAGAACGUUUCAACCUCAGAUUGAUAUUAUAUCAAAUUUUUUGGAUUUUAAAGUAGCUACAAAACAGUAUGCGCUGCGUCACAAUAUUGAAUUCAUUAACGAAAUAGAAAAAAUAUUUGAUCCAAAGCGAUUAGCAUGUUACAUCAUAUUAAAGUAAGUUAUAUCUUCCUUUAAACCAAUUUCAGAUUGUAAUAGAAAUAUUUUUUUAAAUCUAAUGAGUAACUACAAAACAAAAGAUAAAAAGCAGUGUUCAAUUUACUUAUGAAACCUCAAAGGCCCAUCCACACUCUCGCGAGAAUCUCACGAGAACGCAAGAAACGUGUGAGAAAUGCGAAUGUGGAACCGAUUCGCGUAUUUUUCUCGCGCUGUUCUCCGGCCUUCUCCGUCAAAGAUGGAGAACAGCACGAGAACGUGAGAAGAGGCGAUAAGGUUUAUUGACUCCACACUCUCAUGUUUCUCAGUAACGAGCGAGUCGCCGAUUUGAAUGAUUGUUGUUGUGUACCGCAAGGCAUCAAUAUUGUAUUCGAGCUGGAAUGGCUUCCCUUAAUUUAGUAUUUUCAUUAGAAAUCUGUGUUGACACUUUGUUCAAUAAAUAUUCAAAAUCCUCUGUAGACAUUCGAGUUAACUGUUGAAAUUCAUUUGAUGAUUCGGCCACUAAUUCAUGCAACUGCUUGUUCAUAGUUAGGCUGCAACAGAGAAAGUUAUUUCAAUAGUCUAAUAUUAAAAAGUGUUGAUCUUUUUUUAUUUGAGUAUUAAUUGAUUUAGACGACGCGUUCAAUGUUUUUUCAUUAAUUAUUAAGGAAUAAAAAUGAUAAGAAAAUAGCCUUGCCUUUCAAAAAGUACUUACCUUUUCACCACUUCUUUUUAAUCAUUCUUUUCUCUGUAAUAUACUCAUGAUUAUAAUAUGCAAAUGCGCAUAACAAUAAACUUGCCGCAGUCACUUCAGCGUCCAUCGUUAUCGAGCGGAGACCUGAAGUGAAAACUGAAGUGAAAACUGAAGUGAGAACUGAAGAGAAGUUCCCCAAAAGAAGUUCUCACUACGUUCUCGCUGAGAAUCUCGUGGAGGGGCCAUAAGAACAGAUUCAAAAGAGACGCUCUGUUGCAAAACUUACACUAGUGACCUAUAUUUAAAUAAAACUUUCACAGACUACCACUGCUUCGGUCAAGUGCAACAAACCCACAUCUACCAAUAGGCAUCACAUUACCAAAAACUUUCUUCUUCUUCUUCCUAUUCAUUUUUAACAUCUCAUGAUCUGUUAGUUUUGCAGGUUCCUCUGUAUAAGUUCCUGGGAGGAGAACUGCCCGCUGUCCAUCCAUCUCUUAGACGGUCGUCCGGGUUCGCUUUUCCCUAUUGAUUUCCCAUCAAGUACGAUGCGUGCCAUUCUUCUCACGUGGGCGUACCAGUAUCUUUUUCUUUACCUCCUCCAUCUUACGAUGUCUUGCACCCCACAUUGUUCCUUCAUGUCAGUGUUCCUAAUUCGAUCUACUCUUGCUUUUCCCACUAUACUCCUGAGCGUUUUCCUUUCGGCUAACCGAAACAUUCUUUUCAUUUUGUUGGUUUCCUCUCUGGUCUAUUCCGUAUGUCAUGAUUGGCUUUAAAUAAGUCUUAUAGAUCCUAACCUUGCUAUCCUUUCGCAUGUAUUCGUUCGCCCAUACUAUCUACCUUAAGCAGCCCGAAAUGGCAGUCGCUUUGUUGAUCUGGUGUCUUAGGUCCUUCACUUGGUCGUAAUAACUUGACAGGUCCAUACCCAGGUAUUUAAAUUGUGAGACUUGUUCGAUGAUUUUGUCUUGAACUACCAGCUUACAUCAUAUGGGCUCUUUAGCAAAGUUUACGCUUUUCGUUUUUUCUAUUGAUAUAGUUAUGUUCAUCGCUUGGUUGACCUGGCAAAAUUGGUGCAGUUGUCUCUGUAGGUCGUCCUGCGUUUCCGCGAAAAUAGCUGCAUCGUCGGCGUAGUACACCAUGCUGAUUCUUUUAUUCUGCCCCAUUCGGUAUCCCAUAUUUAGUGAUGAUACUUCCUCUCUAAUUCUAUUAAUUAAUUACCAAAAGCAGACUGCAAAAUUAAUGAGUUGCUGCUGAAUGAUCGUAUUAUGCAGGGCUCAAAAAUUUUCAUAUGAAUCGUUUUUAAAAAUACAUGUAUUGUGGUGUUAAUUAUAGGAGGAUUUAUUUUAACCUCCGAUUGCACAGUAUGAUCGCCAGGAAUCAGCAGGUGAUUUGUGUGCACAGUAAGUGAAUCCACAUCUUUCUCGCUCAAAAGCUCUGUCACUGGCGAUUACAACAGAUGAUCUCGAUCAGUUACAGUCUCAUAAACAUGGUUGUCUCUACUGAUUUUCCCGCUAAGUGUGAAUUGCGAGCUGUUGUUGGUUACUAGCAAGCAAAAGAGAACAGUGCAGCGGAAAUUAAUCGAAAAAUAAGUCGAAUGUAUAGUGAGACCCUUAUGAGCUAUGGCGUUGUUCAUCAAUGGUGUCGAACUGAUGUUUAUUUUGAAGGGGAAAAGGACGCAAGUCUGUCACUACAGAAGACAUUGCUCAGCAAGUUGACCAAGUGGUUAGGAAAACUCAAAGUAUCGCCUUAAGUGAAUCAUUGAUGCAAUUUUCGUUAGUUACCAGAUCUGCCCUGUACACUAUCGUUACUGAACAGUUGCGCUACAGAAAAGUUUGAUCUCGCUUGAUCUCAAUGAUGUUGACUGACAAUCACAAAACUCGCCGAAUGGGUGCAGAUUUGGAGUUUCUGGACUGUUAUAAUACUGAUAUUUUUUGGAAUCCAUUGUGACAGAUUAUGAGACAUGGAUUAUGUAUGAAACGCCCGAUAAUCACAAUAAUGGAUACGCACAAAUUAUCCCAUAAGUUUUAAAGGAACCUUCAACGUCCGAAAGAUUCAACUGUUUUUUUUUGGAGUUUAUGUAGCCUGGAAUAACAAUCAAUGUAGAUUCAUAUUGUGAAACUUUGCAACGCUUACGAAAGUUUUCAAAACGAACGAUGAGUAUGGUGAUUUCUGGAAUCGUUUUCAUCUUUUCCCUGAACUGAAACAGGCGGCGAUUCUAAUUUAACGUGGAGCUCGAAGAAACCGUCACAACUCACUUGUCAUAAUUGGUGACUACAUUUUAUGAAGAGGGUAUUGCAAAACUUGUUCACAAAUAUGACAAACGCCUUAAUGGCUUAUAAUGUCUUACUGACGGCCCCUUCUAAUUUAUUCACUCGUUUUUAAUCUGUUGUACCUCCAGGCACUUUGAAUUAAACCUUUUGACGUCACUAAGCAAACUGUGAGGCUUACUCAAGUGCUUAAACCUCAUACGUGUGAGGACUGAGCAGUUACUUAUGAUGUGAUCUACAGUUUCUUCGGACUCCAUAUUCCAGCGGCAUUCCAGAUUGUUCGUGAUGAUAAGCAUCAUGUGAAGACUGUGUCUUAGAUGACCGAUUAAAAAGACUGUCACCAGUCGAGUUUUGUGCCUAUUUAAGUGCAGCAGUUGUUUGGUAAUAACCAUCUACAUAAAUUGAAUGGAAUUUUCUUACCAGUGAAAUUUGAACUUUUUGAGGCAUGAAUAGAUUUAGGAUAUACCUUCUACAUAUUGAGUUUGGGUCAAUAUAACUUUUGUACUAGUUUAAAAUAAUUGCAGUGGUAAGCCAUUUCAUAAUCCACGUAUCGAUUUUUGGUUUGUAUCAUUAAACCCGAUUCAUAUUCGGAAAGGAUGAGCGUUAAUUUUAAAACGCUCAAAAUUACAUUUUAAUAAGGGUUUUCGAAAACUGUGAUGAUGAUCUGAUUGUUUGGAAAGUAAUCCAGAUCUCAUUCGGAAACAAAUUUAGUUUAGACCAUACAGGUAUAUAGACUACUACUUUAGCCUAGAAAAUAGCAAACUAUCUAAUUACUAACUAUUAUGGUUCGAACAUGAUUUUAAAUUCUUUUACAAGUAUUAAACACAAUUUGUAAGGUUUUAGAAGAAAGUGAAAUUAUUUCUAUCUUUCCUAGCAGUCGAGGUCAAUUAUUAAUUCGAAAAAAAAAACAGAAAAUAGUGCUUCUACUAGUUUUUGAUUAUUGAAAAGCGAAAAAAAUAGAAAUGUAUAAAUUGGAAUCAAUUUUUGAAAAAUUGAAUUCCUGUUCUAGAGAAAGCGAAUGGAAAAUCUCCACUGGUUAACGUUAGUCCUAAUUGAUGUUUAUACCACUGUUUGAUGUGGAAAAGAAGUAACAGUCCACGAAAAUAAAUGGUAUAGUUCUUCCAAUAUCAAUUGUACAUUGGCGUAGACCUCAUAUUAUAAAUUUGUUAUUUUUAUAAAUAGUUUUAAAAAAAUGUAUAUCUCAGGCGAGAAAGUUUUCGUUAAAAGCCAAUCGUAUCAUUAUAAAUUGGACUGCAUUAUGCGCCGUUAUUUAGACAGAUGCACUUGGGCCAAGUAGGACUUAGUCCUACUUGAAACUUGGAAAAAAAUCAUUAUUAUACUUUGUCAACUUGCUUCAACUGAAUAUUAAAUUAUAAUGUAUAAAUGUAUCUGCCUAUAAGGGAGUUUGGUUUAAGCAGAAUACCAGAAGUCAACGGAACCCUUUUUGUACUCCAUUUGUCUAUGAGAACUUCGGUAGUUUUUUAUCUGACCACAAUAAUCUUGUCGCCAACGAACUAUUUUUAACGUUUCGGAUAUUGCAAUCCGUUUAUUCAGUUUUUUGUGUCUAAAACCGCAUGCUGAUAAAACUUGACGCAAUGUUGUUUCUAAACUGUUAUAAUUGUAUUCUGGAUAAUCUCACCAAGCCACGCCACUGCUUAUCGCAGACUGUCUAGCAGAAAUAUUUCGAAGAAAUUUUGUACAUACGGCUUCGGCCAAUAGAAAUGCAUUUAUGUUUACGAUUCAAUGUUUCCAUUGGUGAACAGUGUAGAUGAUGAGUCCACGUGAACUGACGGUUUGUUAGAUGUUUACCGAAUUUUAUACGGGGAGUAAACAUUAUUUUUCAUAUCUUAAUUUGGUAUGAGUGCCGUGCGUAUUUAUGAAAUAUUGAUUGUUCCUCGCAUAACUGUCUUCUAUAAUUGAUAUUGGAAGAACUAUUUGUUUCUUCGAUACUUAAAAGUUAUUAACCUCUGAUAUAUUUUGCAUUAACUCCUACGAGCUGCUUAAGUGACAGGUUACUGUGCUCUCUUUGGUUUUUAAUACAAAAAUAGGUUAAUUGUAUUAAAAUGUGUUGAUAAACCUCUGAUAACUGCUCAAUAAUUAUUAUAAAACAUCUAAAAUCUAUUGUACUACUGAAAUUUAGGUCUAUAAACAAAGAAAAACUGAGAAAUUAUUCAUUAAUCAAAAUAAAGUGAUAAAAAUAUUUUGGAGGCUCAGUUUUAGGUUUGAAAUUUCCUAUGAAAGCCCUAAGAGAUGUUUGGAAAAUCUGGAAAAAUCUCGUAAUCAGCUGAUAGGUGAUAGGUGAUGUACCGGAUCAUAGUUUUCGAAAAGCACUAAUAAAUAAUAGUAAAUUAAUGGAUAAAUUCAUUUUUGUAAGUGAUUAUCCAUCGAUAUGCGAAUUCCUGGAACAUGUUUUAUACGUAUAUUAUAUAUAAAAUUAUUCAUCUACCUCUCAGCUUAUGAUACCAGGUUUAACCUUCCGUCAGGCACAUUUAAUCUAUGAGAUAAGUAGAAUAUGUUCUGGACUACCAAGUUUCUGUGUUUCACAACAGAAAGUAGAGCCUCUAGCUACCUUCUCAACUGAUUUCUUAAAGUUAAAGACGUUACUCUACCCGGCUAAGGAGCGAUCGUUUCAUCCUCAAUUAUUAAUUAUUAGAGAUUCAAAUUUUUUGUGAUAAGCACUCGAUUUGCUAAUAUUAACACCAAAAAAGCUCAAGAAAAAUUGGUAGCUGUCCACGAUAUGGUCCAAUCAUUUGUAGAUAACUAGAUAAAGUUUUCCUUAUUAUGUGGAUCGGGCAAUGCUAUGCAAAGAUAUCCAAAUAUCGCGCAGCUGUUAAAUUUCCUCGAAAGAAAUAACGAGCAAUGAAUUUUCCCUUGACGACUCUUACCGAAACAUGAUCUCUUGGGGCGCUGGGUGUGCUUUGUUCGAAUCCAGUGGGGGUUUUCCUAAGACCGGUAGCGAGAAUUGUGUUGAUUUACUGUACUACUUAAGCAAAACAUUGACUCAUCUAAAGAUACUAUUUCUUUCCUAAAUGUUUGAGUGCAGAUGUUCUAAAGGGUACAUGAGGUAGCAAUUCAAACUUUAAUUCAUUAAUUUUGGUCAAUACCCUUUGUGGAUUCACUCCAAAAUUUGUAAGAUCCUCACCUCAAUUAGUCGACCACUGCAAUGCUGGCCUCGUUUAAAUUCUGCUACACCAUAUUUUACUGUUGGUAACGAAGGAGCAGUCUUACCCUGAGUAGAAUCUAGUUUGGCUUUUAUACUGGUUGGAAUAAGGCCUUUCAAGUACUGUAUCACAUAACGAUGACCAAUUUUUUUCAUGUUUACAAAUUCACUGGAAACGUUCACUAUUGAUGGCUACCACACAAAUACUAAACAACGUGGCAUCUUCAAACAAGUUGUAUAAAUUGUGUAUUUUCUAAUGUGGUAUUUUUCAUGCAGCUACCGCCUUCUCUAGUUCAAGCCAGGUAUUUCUGGGACCUCGUAGUUGCGUGAAGGUUGUCUUCUAAUGACAUCUAAAUAUAAAACUUUGGAUCCUCGUUUAGUCCUGGUCUUGCAAAUUUUGGAAAAUCCCUCACCUACAAUAACUCCGCUUACUGACCGGUCUUGUGUUUCGUUUCGUUAAAUGAAGCAUAUGCUUCAGUCUACCGCCCUAAGAAUUUACAUGCUUUCUCUUUCGGUUAAAAUAAAAAUAAAUGUACUUGAUCUUUCAGAUGAAUUGUGUCCGACCAGGUUGCGAAUCAUAAUGCGUCUAUCAGAGGGUUAAAAAGAAUUCCUAGUCUAAAAUGACUUUUUCCGGUAAUUCUCUUUUCAUUGAAUGGGUUUAUCUAAGAAAAUAUUUUCCGAUCCUUACAUAAAUUUUGAAUAAAAUUUACUAAAAAUCAUUAUUAUCCAAAUACAUUUCUUUGAUUACGUAACUAAAAUUUGGACAUAUGAAUUCCGUCUCAUUCACUGUUUAAUUUUUUCCUACAAGGAAAUUUUUUUUCAAAAACAAAACCUAGUAUUCCUAGACAUUGCAAUAUCCGUGCUAUACGAUGAGUGCAUUAAAACUAUCUAAUCAAGUUCAGUUAAUUUCUGACGAAUCAUCAAAGAUGCGUGCGAC